UUUCACAGUGAGCAGCAACUAUUCCACCCAACUUUUGCCGAAACACAGACUUUGAGGAGAGAUAGGAUUGAUAUCUCGAUGCUUUAAUAUUGCCUAUUUCCAGCCUAUCAGUGGUUUUAUAUUCAACUUUUAAAGACAAACGUCAGUUAUCAGUAAUUCUUGAUUUGGAAAUUUCUGUCUGUGUAAAUUAGGGAGCUUCGAUCAUUUGAUUCUGAUGUUGUAUGUCUGGUGUUUGUUAAGGUUUGAGCGGGAUUUGAGUUUGGAAAAGAUAAGUGAUUACAGAGGAUUUAAACCUAAUAGCGUCAACAUGUCGUCGGGGCGAAUGUACGACAGCCCACCUCCUUACCACCCUGGUAGCGAAUACAACCAUGGUUCAGUCUAUGCACCCAGCAAGGAUCUAUAUGAUGGUGAGAUACGGUCCCAGCCAGCUGGCUCCUAUUAUCCAGAUGAAACACAACACUUCUACAAAUGGACUUCCCCUCCAGGAAUUAUCAAAAUUUUAGCCAUCAUUAUCAUUGUGAUGAGCAUCGGAAUCUUUGCAUGUGUGGCAUCAACUUUACCCUGGGACAUGGACUAUUAUGGAGGAGGGAUGGGAGUAGGAAAUGGCAUGGGAUAUGGAGGCUAUGGAGGAUAUGGGGGUGUUGGUACAGGCUAUGGAUCUGGUACAGGCUAUGGGUAUGGUGCUGGAGUUGGAGCGUAUGGAUAUGGAGGUGGCUACACUGAUCCACGAGCUGCCAAAGGCUUCAUGAUCGCACUAGCUGCUGUCAGUUUUAUAGCACUUUUGGUUGUCUUUAUUAUCCUCGUUUCUAGGGCCGGUCUUUCAAGAACUAGGAAGUUCUAUUUAAUUCUGAUGAUCUUGUGUGCAGUCAUUGGCUUUAUAAUGUUUGUGGCUACGAUAGUCUACAUCAUGGGAGUAAAUCCAACAGCGCAGGCUGCUGGAUCAGUAUUCUACAAUCAGUUACUGACUCUCUGCAACCAGUUCUACAUCCCAUCCACCACUGGUGUCUUCACAAAUCAAUACCUCUAUCACUACUGUGUGGUAGAACCACAAGAGGCCCUUGCAAUUGUGAUGGGAUUCCUGAUUAUUAUAGCAUUAGGACUAAUCAUCUUCUUUGCCUAUAAAACACGAAGCAAGAUCACCAGAUAUGGUAAAGAAAACGUCCUGUGGAAUAAGGAACGUAUGAACGAUGAGGCACCUCCUAAUGUUGAAGAGUGGGUGAAUAAUGUGUCUGGGGUUCCUGAAGAAUUAGUAGAAGAAGGAUACCCCUACAAACCAAACGGCUCACUGAAUGGACCAAACUAUGAGCCCAAUGGAGAAAACAGGACGUGGUCUGAUAAUGUUCGACCAACUCAUGUCCCUGAAGUUUCAGUUCCGCUCAUGCGUGAGAAGCCAGGUCAACAUUCAUCUAGCAGAGAGUCUGAUGAAAGUAAACCAUCACAAAGGAGGCCACCUAGGAAGAGGAGGCCAGGAAGAUCAAAAAGACCAGAGAAUGAGGACUGUGAUACAGACUACACUACUGGCGCAGAAUCCUGUGAUGAAUUAGAUGAGGACGAUUUGGAAAGUCAAUACCCACCUAUCUCUUCAGACCAACAGAGACAGGAUUACAAAAGGGAGUUUGACAUUGAUCAUCAGCAGUACAAACGUCUACAGGCUGAAAUUGAUGAAAUUAACAAAACGUUUUCCCAGUUGGACAAAGAGAUUGACGAGAUUGAGGAUGAUGAGCAGUACCAGAUUGUUGCUGCUGAAUACAAUAGACUAAAAGAAGUGAAGAACUCUGCUGAUUUUAGGGCAAAGAAGAAGCAAUGCAAGCAACUUAAGUUGAAAUUAUCUCACAUCAAGCAAAUGGUCAGCAACUAUGACAGCCAGAGAUCCUGAAUGCCAAAUUCUGAAGCUACUGUCAACUGUUCUGUGCAAAAUUAAAGCUGACCGUUCAUUUGUUUACGGUGUGGUCAUUUAUUGUAACACAUGAAAUCUAAUGCCAGUUUUAUAGGCCAAAAGUAAACAUAAUCACAUAAUUUCAAUUAUUUUCCUGCCUUUCAAACACUUUUGUUUUAUUGAGGCAUAAUGAGAGUUUUAAAACAGUUAGAACUUGAGAAACCUCUGCUAUAAUUUGUUUUGUUGUAAAACAUUUUAAUGUGAGUUGUAAAUAGGGACAGAAGUUCCCCUUUUGCAAAAGCUAUUUGAAAUGAUUCUUUAUACUUAGUUUUACUAAAACUCUGUACAUUAGCUAAAAGAGAACAAGUUAUAUUUAGAUCAAUGUUCAUUUGUUAUAUACUGUACAAUGAUUAUUUCUUUUUGAGGGCUUUGUCUUAAUAACUAGGACUUGUUCUGUAACCAGGUAUCUGAUGCUAUUUUAAACACAAAUAGCACUAGUAUUGUAAUUAAAAAUGUGGAAUUUGGGAAAGUGACAUUAUGCAUCAUAGAUUAGCAAUCAGUCAAACAAUCUAUUCAUGUAAGUCGUUGAAAAUUGAAGCACAAUUAUGGUCCAGUCUAAUGUUGAUGACCGUGUGUAAAAAUGCAUUAAUUAUAUUUUAAUACAGGAUAACGAAUCUGGGUGUUUUUUUGCAAUUAUUAACAGGCAGAUAUUAAUAUCACGGCUCCAGUGUUUUUGUCUUGGAAAAUAACCUACCUAUUGUACCAUAUCCAGGGUAAAUAACUGCAAGCAAAUACAGCUGAAACUUGAUUGCAAAUUUUUUUUUAUUGCUCAACAGAUAAAAUAUUUUGUUUCUAUAACAAAUUCAUUUUUUAAUGUUUCAUUACAAGGAGUUUUACUGUAUUUCAAGGUAAUUAUGGUAAAUUGCAAAUUGUCUUAAAAUGAGACCUCUGAAUUUUAAAAAAAAAUUGCAAAUACUCUAUUUACGUAAGAUAUUUUUAACUGUUGCUAAAAUGUUGGUAGCAAUGUGCAUUUUUCAACAAUUGUAUUUCUGUA